CCACAGAGAAAACAACCAAAUUGUCAAUCAAAACGCCAAAAAUUCCAGUCGAAAAGUCAAAAAUGAAAUUGUGCAGCAUUUGCGGCCAAAAAUUCAAAAAGUCCGAGCUCCUCCAAAGCAGCGACGAUGAGUACUUCUGCAAGGAGUGCUUCAAACUCGAGUAUUGUGCAGUCUCGGCGAAGAAAAAACCGCCAGUGGCGAACAAAUACGAGGGAGAUUUGGCCAAAACGCCCACAGUCAUGUUCCCGCUUGACGAACUAGCCAGGAUCAGACGCAACAGGGAAAUUAAACGGAACACAGUCCCUUCGAAACGGCCCUUGCAGUGCCCCCACAUCCACUGCAAUCGCUACGUCAGCAUUUAUGACCUCAACGCUCACUUCCAGCACGAGCACAUGGAAGUGCCCAUUGCGGAAACGGCCCUUGAUGCCCGAAAUCCGCUCACUUUUCACCCGAAAGACAUCCGCUACGGGGUCAAACAAUGCCUCAUUCUUCUCAACGUCGUUCCGCAAAACGACGACACGGAAAACACCGGAAGCCAGAAGCCUUCGCUGCCGGUGACUGUCGCUGUUCUGAUCUCGCGGAUCGCCUCAGCUCAGCUGGGGGAUGAAGAGGAAAUGCUAAUGCAAGAGGAAAACUCUGGGAUGGUUUCGGGAAACAACGACAAAAUUAUCAUCUGGACAGCAUCGAAUGUUUUGUGCGAUUAUAGUUACACGGUGGCGGUUUCAACAGUUACGGAGAAUGUGAGGGUUAAGCAUUAUGGGCCCAUUUUGCAAUUGGGGGGCAGUACGAAGACGUUGUGUAUGGAGGGGCAGUGCUUGAUUUUGAGUCAUUUCCACUUUAUGGGGAUGUCUGAGAAUGGGAUAAGGCCGCUUCGCUUGGACGUUAUCAUACAUUCAGAAGAUUGAUUUAUUUGAGUUGAAUAAAAUUUCGUGUUUUUUUUAA